AUGUUAUCUUGGCUUCCGCGGUCUUUACCCCGAUUCCUAGGGCGGGCAUGGAAGCCACUCAACUUCGCUAAUCCAAACUUCGGCCGUAUCUCUCCAACUCAGGCCCUGGAAGAGGAAACGCUACCCGAUUAUGCUGCCUUGCGCUACUAUCCUACUCGAAUCGGUGAAGUAAUCAAGGAUCGAUAUCAAGUCGUAGGCAAAUUGAGAUAUGGUGCGACCUCGACCGUAUGGCUUGCGCGGGAUAUGAAUUCCUGCUCUUAUGUAACCCUCAAAAUAUUUAUCAAGGCUGCUUCCAUGGGACACCAGCUGGACGGUGAGCUCAAAAUGUAUCAGCGGAUUGACAGGCCUUCAAAACAUCCAGGUCGCAACGCCAUUCGGUCUCUGCUCGAUUCUUUCCACAUUGACGGGCCUGAAGAUAAACAUCAGUGUCUCGUUCAUCCCCCAUUAUUUGAGAGUGUAUGGGAGUUCCUCCACCGUAACCCCGUCCAGAGACUGCCUAAACCGGUCCUAGCUUUUACACUUCGACGGGUGUUCCUAGCGCUAGACUACCUACAUACAGAGUGCCAGAUUAUACAUACUGAUAUCAAGGCGAAUAACAUCAUGUUUGAACUCGCUGACGAUUCAGUCUUCAUCAAGUUUGAACAGGACGAACUCCAUAAUCCUUCUCCAAGGAAAGAGUUAGAUGGGAGAGCAAUCUAUUUAUCCAGGGACCUCCAAAUGAUCCCUGGGAAACUAGGCGCCCCCGUUCUAUGUGAUUUUGGCUCGGCUAUGUUGGGUGGUGUAGAACAUCUAGAAGAUGUCCAGCCUGAUAUCUACAGAGCGCCAGAGGUAAUCUUGGAAAUUCCAUGGUCAUACAGUAUCGAUAUAUGGAAUGUAGGGUGCAUGAUCUGGAACAUCUUCGAAGGGGGUUCAUUAUUCACAGGCCAUGACCCUGAAUUCCAAAAAUACCGGAGUAGGGCGCAUCUGGCAGAGAUGAUAAAUCUCCUUGGCCCUCCCCCACCCGGCCUUCUUACCCAGGGCAAGCAAAGCCACAAGUUCUUCUCCGACACGGGCGAAUUUCAUGAGCCAACUUUGUUGCAAAAUCUCACUCCGCUCGAGCAGAGGGAAACAACCCUUGAAGGCGAGGAUAAGGAGAGCUUUUUACGUAUGAUGCGAAGGAUGUUGCAGUGGGAGCCGGAGAAGCGUAGCCCUGCAAAAGAGCUUGCGGAGGAUGAGUGGAUUUUGAAGCAAAUCGGCCUAUAA